AGCAGCGACAGAAAGUAAAGAACGGUUAAAUAUGGUGGAUUCAGGACAAGCCAACAAACAAACUGAGCAAGGCUCUAACAAUAGUGUAGCUGCUUCUGGUUCGAAUCCAAGAGUAGGGGACACAGGACAAAGUACAAAAGUGAAAGCUGGAAGUAAAGAACAAAUAAAUAUUGCAAAUUCAGGAAAAGACUUCGUAGAUUCUGAUAAAGUGUCUAAAGCAAAUGUAGAUAAUUUUGGUUCAAAUCCAAGUAAAAGUGACAGUUCUGUUAGUGGAAAAAAGAUCGGAGAACAACAUUCUCCACGACAAAAAUUUCAGCAUACGAACGAUGAUUCUUCUAAUACGCACACGACUGUUCCACUCACUGUCACCAACCCCUCUAACAGCAACAAGAGUCUCAACAUGGCUUCCAGUCAGAAAGGACAGGUGACCUCUGACUCCAAUCAAGAAAAGAAGAUGAAUCCAAACCUAAGAAGUACAGCCACAAAAGACACAAAAGAAACUCCAACUAAAAUCUUGGUACCGAAGUCCAAUACAGGCUCAGGUCCCACUAACACAGCAGAUACAAGGGAUACAAACAUUGCUGCCAAUCCUAACUCUUCGUCAAAACCCGGGGCUGAUGGCCGCCAAAAGGAAAACAUUCCGGUGAGAACAGAUUCGACUGUCGCAAGGACAGACACGACCAGUGCAGCAGACGGACGAUUCCUCACUACACGUGCAAGCAGUGUUGAGAAAGGACGAGUCGGCAAAGAUCCAAAAGCAAAUGGUGACAACAUUAAAACUAACAGCAGUGCCACGACUGUGAACCGAAAGCAGAAGCGGAAGCCGCCUCGGAGACAUGCGCAGAGCGAGGAGGAGAAGAAGGCGCAGAUGGAGAAGCAAUACCAACACAUGUUUGGCGCCAAGUCUGACAAAACUCGUCUGGUGGUUCCUAAGAUGGAGGGAAUCGAUACUGUCAUCAUUAAGGAACUGGACAAGGAAGGUCGUACGCGCACCAAGAAGAAGGACGUGAAGGAUGUGGUCAGAGAGGCCAAGGAGGUGGCCAACACCGCCAGUGGGUCCGACCCUUUGGCGACCACCACGGACAUCGGCCUCGGCCACCAGCAGCGUCCUGCUUCGGCUGAUACUCUCGACUUUGAUGAUGAGGAUGACAACGAUGAAGACGACGAAGACCUCUUUGAACUAGUUCGCAGGAAAUACAACCUCCAGAUCGACAGUGAUGAGGACGACGUGGAUGUCAAACGAUAAGGCGGCUGCUGUCAUUUUAUUUUUCUGACAUUCUGUGUGCAGCUGCCGUCAGGUAUGUGACGUCACGUUACUGACAUUCUGUGUGCAGCUGCCGUCAGGUGUUUGACGUCACGUUACUGACAUUCUGUGUACAGCUGCCGUCAGGUAUUUGACGUCAUUUUACGUCAUUAUGUGCAGCUGCUGGAUUACUUUGUCACGUAGCAGGCGAUGUGGAGACAGAUAUCACAACGAAAGACACGUCACGGCCGAAACGGUGGACGUGACGUUGACUGCAAUAUCUCAGUGAGAGAGAAAUUACUGUGGUUAAUUGCAACUUGUAUCACAGAAUAAUUAAUUCAAAAUGGCGGACACCCCUGAAGUGACAUAACAAGUGGUCGUAACAUUUGUUGGUGUCUCGAAACUCGUGGCUACAAAUGUAGUCGGAGCACAACGAAAAGCAUGUCACAAGUGACACGUCACACGCCUUGUGUACGGAGACUGGUGUUUAUGUUUUUAUAAUGAAGUGACAUAAACUCAGUCAGCUCUGACCAGUCUAAACACAACCACAGACUUGUGAUUGGUUCCUCAGGAGCUCUAUGCAAAAGACAAACAAAAUUGUCAAAAUACGUGUGAGAGAUUCUUUCUAUCACAUGUAACAGGGUCAAAGGUGCUCCUGCUCUCAACCUUCUCACCAGAUGCAUUGCAAUUUUGAGGUUUGAGACAUUAGGGCAAUUAUUUUACAACGUUUAUAAACAUCUGAAUUCAGUAUAAUGUAACAAAUCUUUGCUGACUCUAUUAACGAUGGCAAAGAGAAACAGCUUGAAACAAACUUUCUGAUCUUGUUUAUACAACAGUUCUUCCAGUUUCAUGCACACCUUAAAUUUGGACAAUAUACUUUUACAUAGUCAUAGAAAAGGACUAAAAAUAUUAAAAAUUUUGUUCUAGAUUCAGAUUCAGACAUCCUCUGAUUAUUGAGUGGUAAUAAUGUGGACACAGGAACAUUUUUUCUUUCUGUCCCUUAAUUACCGACAUUCAUCAUCAUCGGCCUGAGGUACAUAACUGCCACGCUUGCCUUCUUCGUAUCAAAGGACAUCAGUAACUUCAAAGAAAGCAUUUCAUGUUUACCCAUUAUCUUUUUUCACUCAAAAUGUCUCCUGCCUGCCUCUGUCUGUUUGUCUUUCUGUUUAAUUGAUUGACAUCUAGAGAAUUAAAAGUAUCAUAAAGUACAUGACAAGAGAAGAUAAUUGACAUUUCUCACCACUCAUGUCCCACUCCCUUGUUAGCACCUGUCAACAAUACAGUGAAGGUUGGCUGUCCUGGUUCAGCUCUCGUUCGGGCACGGUUCUUUCUCUGCAUGUAGCAUCUGGGGAGGACACACUAACCGACAGAUGGACGCUGACGUCAUCACGGAGGAUGUGAUCAAUCAGCGCCAUGUCUGCAGCAUCUGUGAUGUUGACUACAAAGCACGCGGCUGUCGGGCAGCUUUCAAGUUUCAUUAAGACAGACACUUUUAUUAAGACUUGCGGACCAAGCUGUCCAGUGUUUGACCCACCCGACCACCACCAACAUCAACACACGUCUAAAAUUAACCGAAAUACCCGUUCACCUGUUUCCUCACCUGAGUCUCUCCCUGCCACCAGUCAUUGUAAUGACGAAUAUCCUUAAAAUUUUGG